GCGGGGAGCGGCGGGCAGGUGAGAGCCGGUACCGGAGGCGGCCGGAGCCGCAGUGCGGACAGGGGACGCUCCCCCAGCGCGAUGCGGGUCACGACGGGAGCCGGGCGGGAGGGGCGCUGAGCUUCUCCUCACUCUGCCUUUUCUCUCUGCCUUCUCCCCCGCCCCGAGGAUGAGCGGAGCCGACGGCAUCAACUUCAGGCGGGCGGCCAUCCGCAGGAAAUCCACCCCGGGUCUCGGUCCCGUUCCCUACGGAGCGGCGCCCACCCUCCCCGCCGGCGCCCCGCGGGGUGAGCCCGCCCGGAGCUCGCCCGCAGGCAACAGCAUCUGUCCAAAGUCCUUAAUAUUGUCUAGAUCUUGUCCAGCAAGUGCCACAACCAGGCUAGUUGAGCAGAAUGUACACAAUGAAGCGGCUCAGGGAAUAAAUGGAAGUGUGCCAGUCAAACAGUCCCCACGUUCAGCCUCAAAUCCAAAGCCACAAGUGCCUCCAAAGCCACUUCAUCUGCAGAAGCUAUCACCUGUUACAUACCAAACCUCUAGGCAUAAAGCUUUAUCAAGUUCGAAGCCAAGAAUGGAGGAAGAUACACCUACUCCUGUUUCUAGUGUCACAAAAGAAAAGUCCAAUAAAGUGUCAGAUCUCAUCCAUCGUUUUGAGGGAUGCAGCCCAUUCAGUCCUAUUGACUUGAAGAAAGAUUCCUCUGCUCUCAAUGUCUCUAAAUCUCAAGGAAGAUAUGGGUCAACGCCACCACCUCAGCCAAAACUCCCCUCCCAACACCCACUACUAAAACAGGGAAACAGUAAUACCGACAAAACUCAGGUUGCACAGACACACACAGCCAAUGGAGUAGUAACACAAGACCAGGUAGACCGUGAGGACAGAAGGAUACUUGACAGAGGUUCUACUGUGUCCACCCUGGUUCCAGAUAAUUCAAUCAACAGCAGCUUGAUAAAUGGAGAAAGAGUAAGCACAUCCAGAGAUUCUCUGGAAACUACAACUUCCUAUGAAGGAUCAGUACUUAACAGCUGCUACAGGACUCCAAGCAGUGAUACACUGCUCCCAUCUGACAAUGAAAUUAAUACUAAUGUGGAGGAAGAACUGAAUGAGGAAAUGAUCAAACAAGACCAACCUGCAGAAACAAAGGUAAAGAGAGAAGUUGUUUUUCUUGCAAUAUUGCUACUCUGUGUAUAUUUUCCAGAUUUCUAUUUACAAAAAUAAGCAAAUCAGAAAGCU